GUGACUAAGCACUGCACUAGCGGCAUCCUCCGCCAACGCCAUCAUCGUAAACCGUCAGGUCGGCGUGCGUCUCAUCACCAGGAAGAGCUCCGGACAGCCCACAUCACCUCUUUCGCAUUUCCAGCACAUCAUCUGCUGUCAACAUGUCACUCACAUAUGGACUGGGUGGAUCCACGGCAGCCCUAGGCGUCGUCGGCCUAUACAUGCUCUUCAACGGCGAGGGUGAAGCCUUCAACGUCGGACAAUUCCUCGAAAGCGUGAACCCGUACACAUGGGCGACGCUCGGCAUCGCCAUGUGCAUAGGCCUGUCCGUCGUCGGGUCAGCAUGGGGAAUCUUCACAACUGGAGCAUCUAUUGUGGGUGGUGGUGUCAAAGCCCCCAGGAUACGAACCAAGAACUUGAUUUCCAUCAUUUUCUGCGAGGUUGUCGCCAUUUACGGAGUCAUCAUGGCUAUCAUUUUCUCGUCCAAAUUAGCCUUUGUGGAGGCCGAGGUGCAACACACGCCCAAGAACUACUUCACUGGUUUCGCCUUGUUCUGGGCUGGAAUCACAGUCGGCAUGUGCAACCUGAUUUGCGGUGUCUCGGUCGGCAUCAACGGAAGUAGCGCUGCGUUGGCAGAUGCAGCGGAUCCUUCUUUGUUCGUUAAGAUUCUUGUUAUCGAGAUUUUCAGUUCCAUUCUCGGACUAUUCGGUCUUAUCAUUGGACUUCUUGUACAGAGUAACGCCCCCGAGUUCGAAUAGCUGCUACCGCCAUAGUGUAUUCCAAGCUGAGAGUUUUUGGUGCCUGGCAAUCUGGGUGAUUUGAGCAAAGAUCGAAGUAU